GAAAUUAAGUGUAAAUAUAAAUAUAUAUAUUUAUAUAUUAAAUAGUUUUAUUAAAUUAAUUAAAGAAAAGAAAGAAAAGAAAGGACAAAAAGAAGAAAAGGAGAAGAAAAUUUCAUUUUCUCUUUUCUUCUUCUUCUUCUCUUCCCUUCACCGCCAAGAUUUUGAAGACAUCCAAGUUCCCUUUAUUUUUUUUUCCUUUUCCUUCUUCAAUUUGCAGAGAACUUUUAAGAGAGAGUUUGGAAGAAGAAGAGAAAUUUUACUAGAAUUUUUAGGUUGAAGAAGAGGAGGAGAACUCAAGCAAAGUGUAUCAAUGGCUGAAUUUUAGUUCAUUCUGCACAUCACUGGUUUUUAAUUCGGUUUGAACUCUUCAAAAGAAAUUAAGAGGGCAGUUGGUUUUCACUCGAAAUCAAGAGGUCUCUGGUUUUUCUUAUAUUUCAGAGUGUAUCGGUGGAGUUAGAAUCUCUAUUUGGAACAAAUUAAAGAGGUCGUGUGCGCGCGAUUCUGGAAGUGGUUCUGUUUUGAAGGUUAUAUGUGUUUAUGCACGGGGAAUCAGAUUUAUAUGUCUUCAGGCCGAGAAGAAUUAAACCGAGCUUAUAGACCAAGGAUCUAGCCCAAGACUGAGUCAUGCCACCACGUACUGGUAGACGACGCCGGCAGAAUCAGGACGGGAUGCAAGGUCCUACCCAAGGUCCAUCUGUAGGGGAAUCUAGUACCCUAGGAGUUCGAGGUGGUGCAGGAAACGAGCAGUUUGCGAGAACAACACAGGAAAUAGGAAGGACAGAUAGAGCAGAGCCUAGUGAUCCAGAAAAGGCAUACGGAAUUGAACGGCUGAAGAAGUUAGGGGCUACAGUGUUUGAAGGUUCCACAGAUCCAGCUGAUGCAGAGAACUGGUUGAAUAUGCUUGAAAAGUGUUUUGAUGUGAUGAAUUGUCCUGAGGAGCGAAAGGUUAGAUUGGCCACAUUUUUGUUGCAAAAAGAGGCUGAAGGAUGGUGGAAAUCUAUAUUAGCAAGACGCAGUGAUGCACGUGCUUUAGACUGGCAGACUUUUAGAGGCAUCUUCGAAGAUAAGUAUUAUCCCAGCACAUACUGCGAAGCCAAGAGGGAUGAAUUUCUGGGGUUGAAACAAGGAUCACUUUCAGUGGCUGAGUAUGAGAGGAAGUAUACCGAGCUUUCACGGUAUGCUGACGUUAUUAUAGCUUCUGAGAGUGACAGGUGCCGAAGGUUUGAAAGAGGAUUGCGUUUUGAAAUACGUACCCCAGUUACAGCCAUUGCUAAGUGGACGAAUUUCUCUCAGUUAGUGGAGACUGCCCUUCGUGUGGAGCAGAGUAUAACAGAAGAGAAAUCGGCAGUGGAGCUUAGUCGUGGGACUUCAACAGCUAGUGGAUUUAGAGGCCGUGAGCAGCGGAGGUUCACGCCUGGGAUAAAUAUUUCAAGCCGUCAAGAUUUUAAGAAUCGCUCUGGAGGCCAAGCAUCGAGGAACGUGAGUUAUGGUAGUGUUUUUCAGAGACAGAGCCAGAGAAUACCUAGUCAACCCAUCAGAUCAACAGUAAGAUCGCAACCAGGUCAGGAGUCCAUUGCUAGUACCGCCAGGCGAAUACCAUGCACGAGUUGUGGCAGGAACCAUCGGGGUCAGUGUUUGGUAGGUGCCGGUGUAUGUUACCAGUGCGGACAGCCAGGACAUUUCAAGAAAGAUUGUCCGCAGUUGAACAUGACAGUUCAGAGACAUCAGGGAGUUGGGUCCCAGACAGUUGAGCAAUCGAGAGUUUCAGUGGUUCCAACAGAGGGCACCAGUGGUGCAAGGCAAAAGGGAGUUGUUGGAAGACCGAGGCAACAGGGAAAAGUCUAUGCUAUGACUCAACAAGAAGUAGAGGAUGCACCAGACGUUAUUACUGGCCGAGAAGAAUUAAACCGAGCUUACAGACCAAGGAUCUAGCCCAAGACUGUGAGUGACAAAACCAACUUUGAAAUAUUUUCCAUAACUGUUAUUAUGAUUGAAUGCGAUAAAUGUUUAUUUACGAAGCCAUGAAAGGUAUUUGAAUUUCAUGACUAUUUUCAAGUAUACAUUUGAAGACUAGAUUUCUUAAAGAAAUUUAUGCUAGCACGUUGAUAUUAAAUGUUUGGAAAGUAUUUAAACCACAAUAUUUUAAGCAAAGCAUGAAUUAGUAUGAAGUUUUGUUUUAAGAACUGCAAUUUUCCACGAAAGAGCUGAGUAAAGUUCGAGCUUUGUGUAAAAUUUAUAAGCAGGCAUGUUUUAAUAUUUUAUGAUGAUUUAUGAAAUUUUCAUUAACUACAUGACUGAGAUCUUGAGCCUGAGGCUAGAGAUUACCGUGUGCACACUGGUUAGAUUUCGUUGUUGACGUUGAGUGUACUCCGUAACAACGAUGCUGUCGUGAGUGCUGGGCGGGCCCCACUACGACAAAGACGAUGGGAGUGCUGGGCGGGCCCCACUACAUCGUAGUGCUUGUAAACGUUGUUGUACUAGGUGUACCCUACACAACGUAGAUUCGUCAUGUUAGUUAAAAUGCUUCGAUAUACUUGAUAUGUCUUGCUAGAUUUCAAUGAUGAAUAUGCUGAGUAUUUAAGGAAGCUAUUCUUACUAUUACACAUUUACAUUUACGACUGGUAUAAACAAAUUUAUAUGUGUAAAGUUUUCACGUGCUGUUAUCUUUAAAUUCAUAGUUUUAAACUGAGUCACUCACUGAGCUUCAUAGCUCACCCUUUCCAAAAUGUUUUACCCAUUUUCCAGGUAGAGAUCGACUUCCCGGUGCCUGAUAGACUGCCUUAGUCUGCGGAAGCUUCAUUAUCGAUUGCCAGUACGUGUUUUGAGUUGGGCAUAAAGUCUGUUGUAUUUGUGAUGUAUUCACACCCUUGUAUGUUAUAGAUACUCCACAGUUUGUAUAAGCUUUAGGAGCUGUAGUUGUGUAAAUUUUGUUGGUUAUAUUUUGAUUAAGAUGUCUUUAGGUUUACUCGUGAAAUUGGUAAAUUUUGAGGUACACAUCAUGUAUGUGUUUGACUAGCUGUGUUUGACUAGCCUAGGAUCCGAUGUGUUUUGUGGCAUGUACAAUAGUUUAUAUACUAGAUUGGCAAGUUCAUCACAUGAAAGUUUUAAGCAGAGUCGACAGAUACAGGUACAGAAAAGCGUUGUUUGUCGGCUUCACGCCAUCUUUCGGUCUAAGGUAGCAGGUAGUCCGGGAGGGGGUGUGACAACUGAAAAUAUAAAUCGUAG